AUAUUUCGGUUCGGUUCGGGAUCCCGACAAAACCGAAAUUCCACAACCUUCCCCUGCCUUCCUCUUUUCUUCCUCUGCCUUCCACUUUUCUGUACGCUACUUCCUCUCUCUACCCAGAAGACAUGCUUCCUCUUCUUCUCCCUCUCUUCCACCUCUCCAUCUCUCUCCAUCUCUGCAACUUCUUCCACCUUUUACCACCACCAACCCCUCCACCAAACCUUCUCUCCGAUUAUGGCCUCUCUACUCUCUCCUUCCAUCAGUCUCCGACUUCUCUCUCUGGCAUCUCCGCUCUCUCCCUCGAUCUCCGCCUCUACAACUCGCUCCGCUUAUCCCCCUCCUCCGCCGCCACUAUCUCCCUCCUUAGUGUCUCUCGCUCUCCGGGAAGAAUCUGCAGAAGACGAGAACCUGCAGAAGACGAGAUCUGUCUAAUGCUGCAAAGACAGGGACAACAACUUAGAGGGAGAACUCAGCUUGUUCUUUUCUUCGAUGGUCGUCAGUCGCAAGUCGCAAUUGGAGAAAAAAGGUCACGAUCGGAGGUCAGGGAAGAUUCCACCUUUAGUGGGAACGAUGAUUCUAGUCGGCACUAGGGGUUCGAUUGGGUUGAGUAGGAGCAGGGAUGGGAGUCUAUUAGGGUUAGGAAUUUAGGGUGGGAUCUUAGAGUUAGUGAGUGGGCUGGGCUUGCAGUAGAGAGGGGAAUUGGGUGUCUGGCCAGUCAUUUGGGUUGUGAGAGAGUGGGAUUCCCUUAAAUUAUGAGUUGAUUAGUUUAGUUUGGUUUUUCGGUUCGGUCUAUCGGAAUUCAGGUUCGGUUGGCAGACCCUGGUUUCCGAAACAUGUGCUUCUGCCUUUCGAUUUCCGAACCGAUCAAUGUGAAUUUCGCUUUCGGUCGGUUCGGAUUCGGUUCUGGUCGGUUCGGAGAGUUGAACCCAAACCGGAUGCCCACCCUACCGUGGAUAAUGUCUGUAUAAGUCAUGGGGUGAUGCCAUACAUAAGGAAUAAGAAAACAGGGAAGUAGGG